CAAGUCCGAACUUCUCAUUCCGUCGCCCUAAGUCUUGAGUGGUCCGUCGUGGGUGGCGGAACCACUCCAACAGGAGCGCACCGCAAUAAUUUUCACAUAUUCUUCCCGCAAUGUCGUCUCUGCCAGCCCUUGCCUUCCCGCUGCUGCCCUUCCCCCUCGCCGCCCCCUGGCCGCCCGAAGCGCCGCCGAUCGCGCAGGUGCUGUCGGACGAUCUGCUUCUCUCGCUCGUGCUGCGCUCGCUCAUACAGCCGACUAGGCCGCCAUCGCCGCGCCAAAGCGAAGCGGGAGUGCCGUUGUGUGACGAAGAGGGCGAAGAGGCAGUAGUAUUAGCGGCGCGGAGUGGGAGUGCAGCCGCCGUGCCGCACUCGUUCCGCUACGCGCUCGUGUGCAAGCGAUGGCACUCCGCAGCGUGCCACUCGCUCUCGCACCUCGCAGUCCGAUCCCGGAUCGAAUACCCCGAUCUCCUAGCCGCUGUUCGCCGCUACCCUUGCCUCACUCGCGUCACUCUGGGAGAAGGGAGGAUCCGAGCCGCCAACUGGGCUUCCUGGAAGGGCGAUGCGCUCUUCCAGUGCCUGGGCGCCACGUGUCCGCAGCUAACCCACCUGACGGUGGAACAUCAGUGUUAUAUGACCGUUUCGCCGGACGACCUCGCGCCGCUCUUCCGCGGAUGUCGCAAGCUCCGCCAUCUGCGCCUGGCGACCUUCCCCUCGCUCCGCCACCUCCCCGCCACCAUCGCUCUUCUCACUGACCUCCGCACCCUCCGCCUUACCCGCCACUCCCGCUACGACGAAGAGUUCACGCAUCUCACCUCGCCGCCAGAGAGCAUCGGCGCGCUUCAACAGCUGCGGGAGCUGCGCGUUUCCGCGGGGCCGCGGUUCCAAGGUCUGCCGAGCAAUAGGAUCAUCGGCGCACUGACAAGCCUCACCCGCCUCAGCUUGAGCCUUGUCAACAGCGAUCUCAGGCACCUCCCUGCCGCCAUUGGCCACUUGCCGCUGCUGGAAACCCUAGAGAUCCGAAUGAGGGCGCUGAGGUGCAUCCCGGGCUCCUUCGAGUGGCUGACAAGGCUGAGGCGAUUCGUGCUUGAGGCAGCUCACCUGGAGAGCCUGCCUGAGAUUGUGAUAGCUGGGAUGACGCAGCUCCACACGCUUUCUCUCCGCUGCAAACUCCUCGACGGGAUCCCAGGUAUUCUCGCACUGCUCCCCUGCCUCCCCUCCGUCUCCCCCCUCUUCUCCCUCUCCAUCCUUUCAGGUGACUCCCUCACUUCCCUCCCUACCAGCAUCAGCGACCUUGUGAACCUCGAGUCCCUAGAGCUGCGCAAUCUGGCCAACGUCCGGUCCCUGCCCGACAGUCUGGGUGAUUUACCCCGGCUGACAGCCCUAGAGCUCAGUCUUCCGGUGCUGCAGCAGCUGCCUGAGGGGCUGUGCUCGGGGAGUUUGACUGGCAGCCUCAGAACUCUUUCCCUGGUGGACUGCUAUGAGUUGAGAGCGCUGCCUGCCCUGCUGGGCUGCCUCACGCGCCUGGAGGCUCUUCGCCUCGAAUGCUGCUGCCUCCUGGAGUCCCUCGAUCCUCUGGUCGCCCCUCCUCCUCCUCAGACUGAGUUCCCCGGUCCAAUGGCUGCUCCAAGUCUCUUUAACAGACCCAGUAGCCCCCAGUCUGGUUGCAACAAGCAGGGGCGUGCACAAGCGGAUGCUCCAGCGCAACACGGAGCACAGCAGCAGCGGGGCCUGGUGUCCCUCACCAGACUCACAAUCGCCGGUUGCCGCCGCAUCUCCUCCCUUCCCGAAGCCGUCUCCUCACUCACUGCCCUGCGCACUCUGAAACUGGACAGUUUAGGAAAAUUAUGCAGGCUGCCUGAAGCCCUUGGGCAGCUGACAAAUCUGGAAAGGUUGGAGCUGCGUGAACUGCCUGGACUGGGUGCUCUGCCUGCUUCCAUCUGGUGGUUGCCAAAACUGGACGAACCGCGGUUGACUGCCAUGAAGGGGGAUGGAGAUUGGUGGGUACUUGACUCUCUCCCUGCCUUUAGGUCUGCUACAGUGGGGCUGCUCCAUGUGUUUGCUAGUAUGAGGAUGCUCCCAUUGCCAAGGGAACUGAGGUAUUGGUUUUGAUUGUAAGAUCAUCUGUUAGGUUCAUUGAUACCGUAUUCCCCCGUAUAUAAGACCCGCCGAAAUAGUCACCCCAUGGGUGGCAUAUGCGGGGGAUAGCUUAUGGUAUGGUGCAUUUUUUAGAGCACCCAUUUUUUUUAGUACGAAUUAUACAUAGCACCCUCCAUCGAAGAUUUGUAGAUUUUACUGGUCUAGCUGUCCAACAUAUCUUUGUAUGUUGUUAUAGACUACAUAGGG